CAAACAUAACAUUCUGCAGAUAACACGGGACUAAACAGGACCCCGUUUCUCCGAUCACAGCAAAAGGAGGGGUCAUCCAUGAUGAGCGUAAUCUGCAACAUGUCCUUAGUUAUUCUGAUUACUACAGCUUUCUCCAACUACAGUACAAUUGUUGCGGCACGAGCACCUUCUAAUGAGUCAGAGACAAGUGCGCUUCUCCGCAGCGGUUGGUGGCCUCGCUACAUCACCGGCAACACUUCCUUACCUCAUUGCGCCUGGCCCGGGGUAUCGUGUGACGCCUCUGGGAGCGUCAAUAGGAUUCACUUGACAAUUGAGCACCAAAUAGGAGGUAAUUUCGACAACAUGAACUUCUCUCUCCUUCCGAGCCUCACUUCUAUUGAACUCUCUCGCGCCAGACUGAUCGGCGAAAUCCCUCUUCAUAUAUGUACUCUGUCGAGGCUUACUCACCUUGACUUGUCCGGCAAUUCUCUCACUGGCGAGUUGCCUCCCUGUGUCCAUAACCUCACCAGGCUUCAAUUUCUUGAUAUCGGUUAUAAUCAUAUCAGCGGCUCUAUCCCUCAUGAGCUGGGAAGACUGAAGAGAUUGACCUGGUUGGAUCUCGAGUUCAAUUUUCUUACCGGUGCAGUCCCUCUUACUGUUGGCCGCUUGUCCAAUUUACGAUCCCUCAUAUUUGGCUCAAACGAAUUAGGUGGCUCUAUCCCUCUAGAACUUGGGAACCUCACAAAAUUGGAUGAUGUUGAUUUAAGUGGCAACAACUUCACUGGUCCCAUUCCAUCGUCUACAGGAAAUUUGACGAGCUUGACUUAUCUCUAUUUGCAAGGAAACAAACUCAGUGGAUCUAUUCCUCCCGAAAUAGGGAAUUUGACGAGCUUGACUUAUCUCUAUUUGCAAGGAAACGAACUCAGUGGUUCCAUUCCGUCGGAAAUAGGCAAUUUAGAGAGCUUGAUGAACCUGAAUUUAGGGGAAAAUAUAUUUGAUGGUGCCAUCCCAUCGGAAAUAGGAGACUUAAGGAAUCUCGUAUUUCUAGAUUUAAGCUCGAACAACUUGACUGGGAAAAUCCCUGUUGAACUUGCGAAUUUGAGGAAUUUAAGCUAUCUCGAUCUUCACAACAAUUCUCUUUCUGGCUCAAUUCCCACAUUUCGAAGCACAUUAUUAUAUGAUCUUAACUUAUCAUGCAAUCAUCUCGAGGGCCCAAUUUCAGCUCCAAAUAGUCUCGGGGCUUAUUAUCCUGGUAACCUUUAUCUCGGUAACCAAGAUUGUGACAAGUUUGACGAAACCCAAGCCCACAGAAGAAGGUCUAGAGUAAUUCAUUACAUGACCAUGUUCAUUCCGCUGGCUGCAAUAUUCAUUUCUUGUAUAGUCGUUGGAUCGUGCUUCCUAUUUCGACAUCCAACAGAGAGCGUGCAAUCAGAAACUACAGAGAAAAAUGGAAAUUUCUUGUCAAUAUGGAAUUAUGAUGGGAGGAUUGCCUAUGAAGACAUAAUCAAUGCAACAGAGGACUUCGACCUCAAAUAUUGCAUCGGCACUGGCGGUUAUGGCAGCGUCUACAGAGCGCGAUUGCCUAAUGGGAAAGUCGUGGCAUUGAAGAAACUUCACCGUCUUGAAGCGGAGGACCCGUCCUUUGACAAGAGCUUUCGGAAUGAAGUGAAACACUUGACUGAAGUUAGGCAUAAAAGCAUCAUCAAGCUCCAUGGUUUCUGCUUACAUAGGCGAUGCAUGUUCUUGGUUUACGAAUACAUGGAAAGGGGAAGUCUAUUCUGUGCUUUGAGAGAUGAUGUCGAAGCGGUGGAAUUGGAUUGGUCCAAAAGAGUCGAUCUUGUCUGGGAUACGGCACACGCUUUGUCUUACAUGCACCACGAUUGCGCUCGGCCAAUUGUUCAUCGAGACGUAUCUAGCAACAACAUCUUAUUGAACAGCAAAAUGCAGGCUUUUGUAUCAGAUUUUGGCACCGCAAGGCUUCUGGAUCCUGAUUCCUCAUCUAACUUCACCGCAAAUAUCACUGGCACCUAUGGAUACAUUGCACCGGAACUCGCGUAUACUUUGGUCGUUAAUGAGAAAUGCGACACAUAUAGCUUUGGAGUGGUAGCAGUGGAAACGAUGAUGGGCGAGCAUCCAGGAGAUAUUGUAUCUACGUUGUGGACAUCCUGUGGAGAAGAUAUCAUGCUACAUAAUAUCUUAGAUCCGCGGUUACCUUAUCCAAGAGAGAACUCUGUCGCAAGAAGUAUUGUUCUGAUAGUUUCUCUCGCGCUUGCUUGCUUGACUGCUGAUCCAAAGUCCCGACCAACUAUGAAGCAAGUCUCGGAAGCUUUUCUAGCUCGAAAGUUACCGUUGGCGAAGCCCUUCCAUGAGAUCUCGUUGGCUCAGCUCCGAGAUAACAACAGAUUAUGGUUGGAAGGUGGAUCAACAGAAGCUUCAUCAGGACUAAGCGAUGAGCAAGGGUUAUUAAGUGCUUGUCCAGUAAAGAGUUAGAUUGAUAAAAUGAUGCUACAAUUUGGUGUAAGUGAUAUAGAACUGUAUCGCU